GUAAACUCGACCAAACUAGCAGCUGUGAAUGAAGUGUGAAAGUGUGGGUCUAGUUUGUCUUUUUAACGUAAAUUCGUCAUAUGGUUUGAUUCCUGGUCUUCUGAAUCAUCUUUAUGUGAGAGGAACAUACCCAUACCGACUCUGGAUUAUUCUUUCGUGAGCAAGAACUUGACAUGUUUGAUUCUUCUGUGCAGGCUCUCCAGUGUGGAAACAAGACGGGCAGUAGCGUUGCACCAUGGUAGAAAGAGAAGGAGAAAUCCCAACUCCCAAGAAAAGGAAGUACCACCACAAUGUGUCCAUGUCCCCUGUGUCUGGGGAAACCCUGCGGAGGGAGCGGCUCUCCCUGCCAAUCUACCCCGCUCGCAGGAAGAUCAUUCAACAGGUGCAGAGACUGGACACCGUCAUCCUCAUUGGUGAAACAGGGAGUGGUAAGACCACUCAGAUUCCUCAGUACCUGAUGGAAGCUGGUUUUGGCAAGGUGGGAACUGUUGCCUGUACUCAGCCCAGGAGAGUGGCAGCUGUAACCGUGGCAACCAGAGUGUCUAAGGAGAGAGGAUGUGAGUUAGGAGCACAGGUUGGCUACUGUGUCCGUUUUGAUGACAUGACAAGUGAGAACACCAAGAUUAAGUACAUGACUGAUGGCAUGCUGCUGAGGGAGGCUAUAGGCGAUCCUCUCUUGAAGAGGUACAGUGUUGUCAUCCUAGAUGAGGCCCAUGAGAGGACCAUCCAGACAGAUAUCCUGUUUGGUGUUGUUAAAGCAGCACAGAAGAGAAGAAAAGAGUCCAACCAUCGACCUCUGAAGGUCAUUGUCAUGUCUGCCACGAUGGACGUGGACCACUUCUCUCAGUACUUCAACAGGGCUCCAGUGUUGUACCUGGAAGGUAGACAACAUCCAGUCAAGGUCAUGUACACCAGGGAGCCACAAGAGGACUACAUCUACGCUGCACUGGUGACGGUGUUCCAGCUCCACCAGGAGGCGCCCCCACAGGAGGAUGUGCUGGUGUUCCUGACCGGACAGGAGGAGAUCGAGACUCUGGCGCGGACCAUGAGGGACAUCGCUCACCACUGUCCGUCAGACGCACCCGGCAUGGUGGUGCGCCCCCUGUACGCUGCACUCCCACCUGCAGCACAGCUCAAGGCCUUUGAAGCAGCACCUACUGGGACCAGGAAGGUUAUACUUGCCACCAACAUAGCAGAAACCUCUGUGACAAUCAAAGGCAUAAAACACGUUGUGGACACAGCCAUGGUGAAGCAGCGGCUGUUCCGUCCCACCAGCGGGCUGGACAGUCUGGUGGUGAAGAAGGUCUCCAAGGCUCAGGCCUGGCAACGCACAGGAAGGGCAGGCCGAGAGAGUUCUGGAACGUGCUACCGGCUGCUGACGGAGGAGGAGUUUGAUCAGCUGUCCCCGACCACCAUCCCUGAGAUCCAGAGGGUGAACCUGGCCAGCGUGGUGCUCCAGCUGCUGGCGCUCAGGAUACAUGACAUCAUGGAGUUUGACUUCAUGGACAAACCAACCAGAGAGUCCCUUCUGACAGCUAUGCAGCAGCUCCACCUACUGGGUGCUGUGGAGAAGCAGCAGCAGGUCCAGCUGACCCCCCUGGGGAGGAUGAUGGCAGCAUUUCCUCUGGACCCCAGGUUUGCCAAGGUCAUCCUGGCUGCCAAGGACCAUCACUGCACAGAAGAGAUCCUGACCAUUGUGGCCAUGUUGUCUGUGGACUCUGUUCUCUUCACACCUGCCAGUAAGCGGGAGUUGGCUGCAGCCGUCAGGAGGAAGUUCAUGUCUGAGGAAGGAGACCACAUCAUGCUGCUCAACAUAUACAGGGCCUUCAAGGCUGUGAAGGGGAACCGGCAGUGGUGUCAAGAAAACUUUGUCAACUCCAGGAACGUCAGUAACGCCAUGGACAUCCGCGGGCAGCUACGGGAUCUGUGUCAGAGACUGCAGAUCCCGUUAGAGUCGGCAGGGCAGGACACAGCAGUCAUCAGGACAUGUCUGGCCAAGGGUUUGUUCAUGAACGCUGCCGAGCUGCAGCGCGGAGGGGAGUACAUCACUGUGGAGACGCGCCAGCCCGUGGCCAUCCACCCCUCCUCCUGCCUGUUCCAGUGUAAACCUGCGUAUGUCAUCUUCAGUGAGCUGGUUCAGACCACCAAGUGCUACAUGAGAGACUUGAGUGUUGUGGACCAGAGAUGGCUGCAAGAGGCAGCCCCAAACUACUUCAAACAGGACAGGACUUGAUUCUGAUGAUUCAGAAUUCAAUCUGGUGGGAGAAGUUUUUCUUCGUUUUUAAUAUCAACUAAUGAACACUUUCAAGAGCCAAGUUUGUGGACAGUAAGAAACAAGUAGGAGUCUACUGCAGAACACUACAUGUACCUCAGCUGUCAAGUUGGUCUUCUUGGACAAUGACAUAUUUGCAUUCACAGUAGAUGAUGCAUUAUUCUACUUGAUAACAUAGUGUAAUGGUUAGUUGACAUUUUUGUUUGCAUUUUCAAUUAUAGUUAGUGUAAAGGAUUUCUGGUAAGAGUGUAACUGAGACUAACUGGUUGGUUUCUUUUUGUCAGGUCAUACUCAGAAGUGUACAUAACAGAUAUUUUUCCAGUUCUUCAAAGACAAAACCUUGCUUACUAGUAUUAGUUUGUUAAAGAUAGCUUUUAUCUAUUUCUAGUAUUUUAUCUCAGUAUUCUGUUUAGUUCAGCCACUGAAGGGCCAGUUAGA